AUAACGACGAUUGAAAAUGGCGCUUUAACAACAUAAAUAAUCUUUUUCAAUUAAUUUCUAAAGAUUUCAUUUUCUCUAAAUUAGUUUACGAAUUAGUUAAUAAAUGAAAAUUGAUUAAAUUGUCUCUUUUAAAACGGAUUAUUGAUGGUAAAACGUUCUUAAUCAAAGCAUGGCAACUGAAACUAUUCAAUUAAAUUCGUCAACAAAUCCAACAAGUAUGAUGAAAACAUUUGAUGGGCAGACGAAUAAAAAUGUUCCAGUCGUUAAUCAUACAUUUACGGAUGAAGAGCUUGGACUACUUAAAGGUACCAAGCUGGAGCCUUUAAAUUUAAGUAAAGUUGUAAAGCUGUUAAAGGAUCCACACUCUGCAAUGUUAUAUGAUCGUCAUCUGCAUAUCCUUCGGAAAAUAUUAAGACAUUAUAAGAAUGGCUUCCUAAUGAAAGAUUUAGUUCAAGUAUUUAAGAUAUUGAAUUUGUGUGCAGAUAGGGUUGAUACACAGCCGUUCUACGUUGAACCAAUGGUAGAACUAAUUGCACUGUGCGAUCGCCCCUUUCUAAACGAGCGAGCCUCAGAUGAAUUGACAUUCGAACAGAUUUCCAUUGAAAGUAUUUCUCAGUUAGCCUACCUAAUGAGAGUUCCGAGUAAAGAAGUUCGAGAGCAAAUAUGCAAAACAUUACAGAAUUUUUACACCCAGGAGGAAACAAGAAAGCAAGAAGUUCAAGGUCAUAAAGCGAAUCGAUUAGAAUUUAAUAAGAAAGUAAUAGAAGAAAGUGAUGUUGCAGAAACUCUCAUAAAGUCUCUUACAUUGCUUGAAAAUGACUUAGAAACGAGAAUUACUGUACUCAAAGUUUUACAGAAAGUUUCAAAGACAUCUGCGAAAAACUGUAAUAAAAUGCUGAAUGCCAACGCCGCCUAUAAUCUAACUUCACGUCUAAUGGAUUUUAACGAUCACGAGGGGCAAAUUUUAUUUAGAUCAACUGAAAUUAUAUGGAAUCUUUUGGAGAAUGGGGACACAUCAAUUGUUGCCAACCAGUUAAAUAAUUUCGAAUGCAUCGGUCAACUACGAGAUGGCUUUUUAACGCAACUCAAUCACGGCUACUCUCAUUACGAUCGUCAAUUAAGGAAUGAUUUAUUAGUUGUUUGCUCACUAAUUGCUGAGCAUUGUCCAAAUGCCCCAUUCAUAGAGACAGGUUUUUGUAAACAGCUUACUUUAUUGGGUACUUUUCAAGAAGUUAAAAGCUACAACGCUCUAGUUAAACAUCUAAAAUUAGGAACAAAUCACGAAGACUUCGAAUUAAAGAAGAUCAUCUUAAAUUUGCUUGUUCUAAUUAGCAGAGACAGUUCUGUCCUUCCCAUAUAUACGGAUACUCGACUCUUGUUAUCACUCUUUCACUAUGUUCGUCCUAGUGAAAAGGAAACCUUACCAAGGGAAUGGACACCAGCUCAAUUAGAAGAAAUUCAAUUACAUGCGAUGUCCUGUUUGGUGACACUAUCACCUCUUUUGCUAGAUGAUUUUAUGCUUUGCCAAGGUUCUACCAGAUUGCUCUUACUCUUAGAGUGGUGCGUUGGCCCUGAAAAUUAUAAUGGCGCUGGAAAUAGUUUACACGGAGUAGGUGGGCGUGGUUCUAAGAAAUCUCAAAUGAGAUAUUGCCUUAGAAUAAUGAGAGCGAUGACAGCAACAAAUAGUGACAAAAUUCUCCAGGACUUUGUUGACCAAGGGGCUAUAGGUCAAAUCCUAGGCGUCCUGGAUAAGUUUUGGCUAUACGGUUGGAUAAAAGAGGAAAUAGACGUUUGUAUGCAAACAGACAUGCUCAGUAUUUUAUCAGUGCUCUGUGAAGGAGAAGUUCACCGACAGGAAAUAGUCGGACAGGAAGGAGUAAAGUCCCUAGUUCCAUAUUUAACAGUCGAUUUAGGAACUUUACAAUCUGGUUUAGGACAUCAUCAGCUGCUUGUCUCUGCUGUAGAUUGUAUUUGGGCAGCUGUUGUAGGAUGUCAAAUUACUGAAGAUGCCUUCUUAGAACUUGAAGGAGCCUACCACCUCCUUGAUUUACUGGAAAAUGCUCCUUCGGGAUUCAGGAAUAUGAUAUUAGGCUGCUUGUUAGAUUUAGCUGACAAUCCCAAGACGUCAGUCCACAUAAAUUCUUGGAGAGGAAAUAGAGACGAUACGGCAGCUCAUUUAUUUUGUGAACUUUGGAGACAAGAAGAGGCUCAGAUGGGAGUUUCCCGAGAUGAUAAAGCUGGCGUCUCUGAUUUCCAAAAGCCAUUGAUGGGAUCUCUACAGGCUGAAAGAGGGACAAUACCAGCCCCCGCCAUCUGCCCAUCUCCUGCAAUAGUAGAUAUAUCUGAGAAUAUACGAGCUAAAAUUUAUGCCCUCUUCUGUAAAAUGGGAUUUGGAGAGUUAGCCGGACUUACAACCGAGGAUCAUAUAACUUUAACGAUUAUAGAGCAUUACUUAGACUUUAAAUUAGGAGAGGUUUGGGGUGAAAUUGUACAGGAGCUUAAGGCAGAAGAUCUUAGACCAGUAACACCUGACAGGGAGGCCAUUGAAGCAAUCUGCAGAAUCUGCGAUGACAGGGUUCAACAUGUCAGAGCAGUACAAAAUCAACUUGUUGAGGCUGAGAAGCAGCAAGAUAGCAUGGAUGAACAAGAAUACUUUAAUGAAAUAAGAGAUAAUCAACGUCAAAAGGAAAAAGCUCUCAAAGAUUUCGAAGAAUAUAUCACGAGAACUUCUAACUAUUCGUAUUUAAGAGAAGCCAAAUGGAAGCAAGAAUCAUCGAUUGAUGCAUCAAGAAUCCAAUUGAAGCCCAAAGCAGGUGAAACACAACAUCCGACGAAUAUCAAAAAUAUAGGAUGUACUACUUUUGGGGGUAAGAAUGUACAAGUUCACAGUACACCUCAAGAUAUAACUGGCGGUCCACUAGCACGAUACGAUCCCUUAGAGGGAACGCUCUACCCAAGAAGGACAUCUUUCACUCCCAUAUCAGAAUUGGCAUAA